UCUUGGGCCAGGAGCUGCUGACCAACUGCACUCUGAUGCUCUGCCACGGGGCCGUCACCCCCAUGGACCUCGUGUCCAUCUCCACCUUGUCGGGCUCCCGUUCCUUCUCCUUCUUGUCCGUGGCCUGGGGCUUCAUCUCUGACGUGGACAUCGAGAGCGAGAAGUACCGGCACAUGGGUGCGGCCCGGUUCACCGUGGGGACAGUGGUCCGCCUGGCAUCCCUCAACACGUACCGGGGCAGGCUGUCCUACCUGCCCGCUCCAGACACUGCGGCUCACCGGCCCAUCUUGCGUAGCAUCACCAUGUCAGCCAAUGGGAGCCUCCCCUUCCAGCGGAUGCCCCUGCACCGCACUGUCUCCGACAUGGGGCUCUGUGAGAAGCGCCACGCCUUCUCCAUCCGGGGGGCAGAGCCCCCUGAGGACCCUACCCCGUCGCCCAGCUCCCCGCCUUCUUCCGGCUUCCAGCCUUCCAGCUUCAAUUUUGAGGCCUUGCAUGAGGAGCUGGUGGCCGAUGGCAAGGGACCAAGACUGGCGACUCCAAUGAUGGUGGCACCAAAUAGGUCUUCUGCCCGGUGUGUGCACGGGCCCCCAGACCAGUUCCUGGCCCCCCUUGACCAGCCGGUGCCCAAGUCAUGGGUGACAGUGGAAGACGAUUUUGUGAUGGUCUUGGCCAUCUACCAGACUCAUCUGAGUGCCGAUCUGAUCGCCGUACCCUUUGCCUGCUUUAACGAUGGCCUCAUCCACCUCUGCUACGUCAAAGCAGGCAUCUCCCGGGCCGCCCUGAUUCGCCUCUUCUUGGCCAUGGAGAAAGGCACU